GGACAGCUAAACUAGUUUUAUAAAAAUUGACAAUUAUUGAUGGACGGAGUAAGAAAUUCAUACUUGUAUCCAUCCCCCACUUCUCUAGCACCCACCCUCACCCCCACCCCCACUCCCACGCCCACCAUAUAUAUGUCUAUAAAUUGAACAUUCUUUGCACCUGAAAAAGAACCUCUCCUCAAAACCCCCCCCUCUGCUUGAGCUUUCAAAAUUUGUAGCCAAAAAUGCCUCGAGCAUCAAAGAGAAAAUCUGACGAACCCAAAUCCACUUCUGCCAAAUCUUGCCGCUCUGAAUCUCUCACAUCUGCUUCAGGCAAGACUACAAAGUUUGGGAUGUCUGUCGAUAAUCUAUUUCAGAAGUAUGCCAGUAAGUUGCUAGGCAUGAUUGAUCCCGAGGGGAUUGAGUCACUAUGCUCAGAUCUUGGAGUAGAUCAUACAAAUGUCAGAAUUUUGAUGCUCGCUUGGAAAAUGAAAGCCGAAAAGCAGGGGUAUUUUACUCAGGAUGAAUGGAGAAAAGGCUUAAAAGAUCUCCAGGUUGAUACUAUUAACAAAUUGAAAAAAGCCUUGCCAAAAUUGGAAGCAGAGGUCAUGAUGCCUGAAAAUUUUGAGGACUUCUAUUGCUACGCUUUUCGUUACUGCCUUACCGAGGAUAAGCAGAAAUGUGUGGACAUCGAGAGCAGUUGUCUACUGAUUGAUCUUGUUCUGGGGUCCCAAUUCCGGGCUCAGGUUGACUCAUUUAGUGAGUUUCUCAAGAAUCAGGCUGAUUAUAAGGUGAUCAACAUGGAUCAAUGGACCAAUUUUCUUCGAUUUUGCCAAGAGGUUAGCUUUCCAGGACUUGAAAACUAUGACACCGAUCAAGCAUGGCCUGUGAUUUUGGAUAAUUUUGUAGAGUGGAUGAAAGAAAAGCAAAACUGAUGUACGUGUGGAUAUGAGUUCUUGUAAAUGGCUAACGAAAAGAAUUUGAAGUGUGCGCGCAGUUUUUGCUUGCACGAUUCAUGACAGCUGCACUAUUCAGUGUGGAGACUGGGUUUCUUUCUGCUACAGAACUUGCAUGCUUGAGGAGGGGUUUAACACAUGUGUCAAGGGGGGGGAUACUAAGUUUUUUUUUCUUGAAAAACACUUGCAGAAACCUUUUCAAUUUUUGUGUUUUUAUUUCUUCAAAAGUUACAGACUAAAUCUAUGCUACACCUCUUUUUGGUCAA